AUGGCUUCGAAACCAGAGGCUUCAGAAAACACCGAUUCUGCCGGUCAAUUAGUGCAAUACGGCGGCAAAGAGUACCGGGUAAUAAAGGAAGGACGAGCAUACAUAUUAAAGCCACCUGCCGAAACUGCAGCCACGCAAGCGACAAGGAGGGAUCUUAAGCCUGAAGACGAGGACCAGACUGUCUUCUAUAAUCCAAUUCAGCAGUUCAACCGUGACUUGACGGUUCUUGCCAUUCGCAUUUAUGGAGAGCAUGUAAUCGCGACGAAUAAGCAGGCGCAUGAGAAGCGGAAACGUAGGGCUCAGGAGAGUGCGGUUGGGAGGAACAGGAAGAGGAAGCGGGAAGAAGAAGGAAAUGGAGACGGUAAAGAGCAGGUCAGCAGGCCGGAUAGCGAGGUCAAAGAUACAACAGAGCCGGGUCACAAAACGCCGGAUGCUCAUCCCCAAGCGGAUUCUCCUCCCCCGUUUACGAUUCUUGAUGCUUUAUCCGCAUCUGGUCUACGUGCUCUACGCUAUGCGUCCGAGAUCCCCUUUGUCACCCGUGUUGUUGCGAACGAUCUGUCAAGCUCUGCGAUUCAAUCGAUGAAACUCAAUAUUGCGUACAACGGUCUUGGUAAUCUCAUUCAACCUAACACUGGCGAUGCGCGCAUUUAUAUGUACAGCCGAAUCAAACCGGCUACUAAAUCUCAAAAGAAAGACGACUUUGGCAAAUUCGACGUCAUUGAUCUGGAUCCCUACGGUAGCGCUGCCCCAUUUAUAGAUGCUGCUGUGCAAGGGAUCAAGGAUGAGGGUCUUCUUUGCAUUACUUGCACUGACGCAGGCGUGUGGGCAUCAAAUGGGUAUCCAGAAAAGUCGUUUGCUCUAUACGGCGGCGUCCCGAUGAAAGGAAUGCACUCUCACGAGGGUGGUCUGCGGCUAAUCUUGAACAGCGUUGCGAUAGCUGCCGGAAAAUACGGCCUCGCAAUUGAGCCUCUUCUCUCUCUAUCGAUCGAUUUUUAUGCUCGACUAUUUGUCCGUAUCCAUCGGUCCCCCGCACAGGCGAAGUUUAUGUCGGGCAACACAAUGCUUGUGUACAAUUGCGACUCGGGUUGUGGAGCAUGGACUACCCAGCCUUUGACUCAAACCAAGCAGAAGCUCGAUAAGAAAGGAAACCCGUUCUACCAUUAUGGACUUGCACAGGCUCCAACCGCAAACCAAAAGUGUGAGCAUUGCGGGAUGAAAACUCAUUUAUCUGGCCCAAUGUGGGCUGGACCUCUGCACAACCCACACUUCAUCCAGAAGAUUCUCGAUCUCCUCCCGCAAGUCGACAGAGACGUAUAUCAAACAUUAGACAGAGUGGAAGGGAUGUUGACCACUGCGCUCGAAGAAGAUCUGAGCUUGGAAUUGUCCUCGGAAGACGAGACGAGCCAGUUACCGACUAGCUCUGACGAAGGCACCCCAGCCCCAUCCGGAGACCCUACACACAUCAUUCCCCGAACAGACCCUUCUCUUCGAGAUCCUCAUCCUUUUUAUUUCAGCCUCUCUAGUAUCUCAAAAGUUUUACACACCACUACGGUUCCCUACUACGAAUUCUGUGGUGCUCUUCGUCACUUGGGCUACCAUUGUACUCGCAGUCACACCAAACCGAACACGGUUCGCACCGAUGCUCCAUGGGCCGUUAUUUGGGAGAUCAUGCGCGAAUGGGCAAGACAAAAGGGUCCCAUUAAAGAGGAGUCGAUUAAACCCGGGACUGCGGCUGCUGGGAUCAUGGCUAGGAGUCGGGAGAAGGUCAAGGGUGAUCCACAAUUUGCAAAUUUGAAGAAGGAGCUCGUUGCUGCCGCUGAAACCGGCAAGGACUUGUCAGAUCUUAUCACUAGAGUCGAGGCUGCACUGUACCGCGCGGGGUCACGAACGGUGCCGGGCGAAGAUGACGGGGCAGCAGAUUCUUCCUCAACUGAUGCACAGAAAAGACUACAGCAGGAGAAAGAUUCUUCAGAUGGCGGACUAGAUAACCGUCCUGUGCCUCCCCAGGAUUAUUCGGAGCUUAAAGUGGUCUUCGACGAGUCUCUUGGGCGGCAAUCACGGCGCCGAAAGCGGCUUGUUAGGUAUUGGCUGUGGCCUAUUUGA